AUGAGGUUGCUUUCUCAACUUCUACCGGCCCUGCUGCUGCUCCAGCCAUGCGCAGCUGGGCCUGGUCAACCACUGACUGACCAAACAUCAUCGUCGGCCCUUGGGAAUGAUGACCAUGAAUUUCCAUACCCAAUGGAGGAAGCUUAUCUCCGACCCAUGAACCAACGGGUCGAACGUGCCUGGGAUGUGCUUCGUACAGCGAGAUCCAUAACCUUACAAACCGAGCAGCCAACCGGAUUGCUCAGCACAGCCGUUUACUACGGCCGCCAGACCUUCCGACUAUUGUUUUUAAACGGACCCAAGACCGAAAAGAUCGAAGCGAAGCUGAACCCGGAAGCUGCGGCUGCAGUGGCAGUGUUGAAAUUGGCAGUAGCAGAGGAAAGAGACCCGGAUGCACUGUUCUUGUUGGCGGAAAUGAACUUCUACGGCAACUUCUCCCACCCGCGCGACUUGAAAGCCGCUUUCGAAUGGUACCAUGAGCUAGCUUGGUUAGACGGGAACAACACCGCGCAGAACAUGGUCGGGUUCAUGUACGCGACUGGUAUUGGGGGUGCUGUUGAACGUGACCAGGCAAAGGCUAUGAUGUAUCAUGAGUUUGCGGCGGAGACGGGAAAUACACGAUCUGAGAUGACGCUAGCGUACCGCUAUCACUCUGGAAUUGGGACACCGAAGAGCUGCGACAAUGCUAUUCACUACUACAAGAAAGUGGCGGAUAAGGCCGUUCAGUAUUAUCGCUCUGGUCCACCGGGUGGUAGUGCUCUGGUCAAAGAAUCAUACCGAUGGGCCGACGAGGAAGGAGGCGUCUACGGCCCCGGGGCUAGUGUUUCCAGUUCUGGACCGAAUGCGCGAGACGCCGCGAACGCGGGCCCCGAGGCCAGUGUGGAAGAUAUCCUCGAGUACUUGGAUCUUAUGUCCCGCAAAGGCGAGCUCAAGGCUACCUAUACUCUGGGCAAGAUGAACUUUGAGGGUGCUCGGGGAUUGCCUCGUAAUUUCCGACGUGCUAUGAGAUAUUUCAAGGUCGUGACCAAGAAGUACUGGAACAAGGACGGCUCCACCAACUCAAAUGCUCAAGCAGGCCUUGACAAGUUGGCUUCUAAGGCGGCGGGGCACAUUGGUUUGAUGUACCUCCGUGGCGAGGGAGUUGAGCAAAAUUACCAAACUGCUCUCACAUGGUUCCGCCGCGGUGUUGAGAACGGCGACUCUCUGUGCCAGCACUGGAUGGGCCUGGUAUAUCUGAAUGGUUACGGAGUUCCACAAGAUGGCUAUAGAGCUUCCGACUAUUUCAAAGCGGCGGCCGAGCAAGACCUGCCAGCAUCGGAAUCGCGUCUCGGUGCCCUAUUCUUGGACCAAGGCGACGUGGCAACGGCCACUCGCUACUUCGAGCUUGCGGCCCGCUGGGGGUGGAUGGAGGCAUACUAUUACCUCGCCGAGAUGGCCAAUUUCGGCAUCGGCAGACAGCGACACUGUGGUGUGGCUACGGCCUACUAUAAGAUGGUUGCCGAGAAAGCAGAGAUUGUGCACUCGGCCUUCGUGGAAGCGAAUGAUGCCUAUGAAUCUGGCGACAAAGAAGGAGCCCUCAUUGCAGCCAUGAUGGCCGCUGAACAGGGAUACGAGAACGCACAAGCUAAUGUAGCCUAUCUGCUUGAUGAGCACCGCUCUGUACUAUCGCUGAGCUCUGUUCUUCCUUGGGCCGAAAAGCCCAGGCCCUCUUUGCUACAAAAUGCGGCACUGGCCUUGAUCUACUGGACGCGGUCUUCCAAGCAGGCCAACAUUGACUCCUUGCUCAAAAUGGGUGACUAUUAUUUGUCUGGCAUUGGCUCUCUGGGGGAUGCUGACAAGGCUUCCACUUGCUAUCACAAUGCUGCUGAAGCCCACCACAGCGCACAGGGCUAUUGGAACCUAGGCUGGAUGCAUGAAAACGGCGUGGCUGUGGACCAAGACUUCCACAUGGCCAAGCGGUACUAUGACCUGGCACUCGACCUCAGCCCCGAGGCAUAUCUGCCAGUCAAAAUGAGCUUGCUGAAGCUUCGGAUCCGUGGCUACUGGAACCGCAUCACGAAUGGCAACAUUAACAACAUCCGUGACGAGGAAGAGCCGAGGCCCCGUCGAACCUUCCGAGAGUGGAUCACCGCUUUCAUCGACAACGACGAGGAGAGCUAUUAUGAAGACCUUUACGAACGCCAGGGCGAUGACGAGGACUACCGUGGCUUGGAAUCUGAAAGCCACGAGGAUGGCUACUAUGAUGACCUGGAUCUUGACAUUGACGAGAGCAUGCUGGAGGGUCUUCUCAUUGUCGGUCUGGCUGCUACCCUGUUGGUGCUAGUCUAUUUCCGACAGCAGCAGCAGCAACGGAAUCGACAGAACGAUAAUGGAAAUGCACAGAACGGGAAUGUGAAUGCGAAUGCCAAUGAGCGGGGGUUCUUCCCCCAGCCUGGCGAUCCUGAGUUUGCGCAAUGGGUCGCUGGAGGCGUCGGACAUUAG